GAAAAGGCAUUGUGUGGGUCCAAAAGCUGUGCAGCGUAUUUCCGAUGUUUAAAUUGGACAGCUUCUAGAAGGCGUUGACUUGAUGCAAACAAUUGAAGGCAGUAGAAAUAUCCAAAGUAAACAAUAGUGCCUGUAUUAUAAUAUAUUAUGAGAACAGGGAAAGAAGAGUGUUUGUUUGUAGUUGUUGUUGAUGUAGGUACGACAUAAAACUGCGACGUAUACACAAAUUUCCUUCCAUGCCCCGAUAUCUUCUGUAUAUAUCAUAUGUCGGAACAUAUUUCAGGGCAGUGCAGAAGCAAACUUUCCGGACAGAACCUGAAGUCAAAGAUCCUGAGUCUGUGCAAGGAAUUCUGGAAAUAGCAUGUAGAAGAUUUAAGCCGGCAAAUGAACCAAAAGUGUAUGUUUCUAGCAGUUCACACUAUUCAACAUGAGUGUGCAGCAAAGAAACAAGAUCAGAAUACUGUAAAGGUCUGGACUCAGACCCUUACCAUUUUAAGAUGGGGAGGUGUGGAAUACAGUGGUGAAAGCUGCUGUGGUGAGGGUAGAGGAUGUAACACCCAGCCUUGGAAUGUGCCGAGUCAUCCACUUCACCACGUUUCCAGUGCCGCUGUCUCUGUUGCAGCUGUUCACGUAACACCAAGAACUGACAAAGGUGUCCAUGCAUUACUUUCAUCUGCCCAUGUUGAUCUAGAGCGCCAUACGGGUGGUGGGUAUGACCCAGAGUGUCUGACUGUAGGUUUCAACAGGUAUUUUGAGAAGGCCAAAAUUGGACUUAGAGUGCAAAAGUGUCAGCUAGUCCCAGAUACAUUUCAUUCAAGACAUAGUGCAAAGUGCAGAACUUACUUGUAUCGUCUAGCUGUGAGGAAACAAAAUGCACCAACACUACAAAAGAUGGGCUUCAAAUACUUGGCUGAAAUACCAUUUUCUGAAUGGAGGAGAUGUUAUUUUAUACAGAAUCCAGAAUUCAAUGUUGAUGCGAUGAAACAAGCCGCGGCACUUUUUCCAGGAAUAAAAGAUUUCAGGUCAUUUAUGGGUGCUUCGCGAGAUGAUCGAGACAUCAGGACUGUAAGAAGUAUGAAAGAACUCUGUAUCAAACCUGGCCAGCAAUUCCUAAGCGAUGAUUAUAUGCCAAGUUGUAAGCAUUAUGAUUUUUGGGAAGUAACGUGUAAAGGGCAGUCAUUUCUGUAUCGACAGGUACGAAGAACUGUAGCAGCUCUGAUUGCAGUGGCUCAAGGAAGACUAACUCUGGAAGACGUCCAGUACAUGUUAGAUGUACCUAGUAAAGACAGCUGGAAUCCUAAGGCUGUCACAGUGCCCCCCUAUGGGUUGUUCCUUGUUAACGUAGAAUAUGAUCCACAAGAUCUUUUAUAUGAAAGAAACUGUGAUAAUCAGUGGACAGAGAACAACAAUUUGUAGAGAUGUGUUAGAUGUUUAUAAAUCUUGCAAUGAGCUUC